CUCUGCUUAAUUUUUGCUUCUCACACAUUAUAUUUAUAUAUAUAUCAAGAACCAAUCUUUAUCAGCUAGCGUUGGAAAGAAGAACAAGGUAAUCAAUUGAUCAAAUCAAGCAAUGAUUUCAAGGGUCACAUCUAGCUUCCAAAAUCAUCUUCAGAUGUUCCCUGAGCAUGAAGAAUUGGUGUCACCCUCUGUGGAAUCUGGGUCAGCUUCACACUCCAGCACCCUCCUCUUCAAUCUCUCUAUUCUGAAGGACAAGGUGAGCGAGGUGCAGACCCUAGUGGGUGUUAUUCUCUCCCCAAAUCAAACCCUUCCCGAGUCAACUUCCAUGGCCAUAUCCAGCAUGAACUCCACAAUCCAAGAAAUCCUAGUCACUGCCUCAUCAAUGAUGUUCGCCUGCCAACAGAUGGCUCACACAACCCCUUCUCCAGGUAUUAAUAAUAACACCACCACUACAUGCACCAACAAACUGCACCACCUCAACAAGUUAUUAUUGCCUCACUCAAACGCUAAUAACACAGCCAUAGAUAUGAGUGAGGGUUGUUUAUUUUCUAGCACCGAGUCAGAGACGCUGGACUGGUUUACUGAAAGCUAUAACAACAACGAUAAUAGCAAUAGCACUAAGGAAGAUGAUCCAGGCGUUGUGAUUACUGAAAACAACAUGAUUAUUAGGGAAGAACAUGAACUUAACGAAGAAGGGUAUAGAGGGGUUUCAAGAAACAGUGAUAUAAUCGAAUUGGAUGCUGCGGAUUUGUUGGCGAAGUACACGCACUAUUGCCAGGUUUGUGGGAAAGGGUUCAAGCGUGAUGCGAAUUUGAGGAUGCACAUGAGGGCUCAUGGGGAUGAGUACAAGACCAAUGCUGCAUUGAGCAACCCAAUUAAGAACAAGGGGAAGUUGGAAGGGGAAAGCGAGUUUUUGAUGGGUGUGAAGCCAAAGAGAUAUUCGUGUCCUCAAGAAGGGUGUAGGUGGAACCAAAAGCACGCCAAGUUUCAGCCAUUGAAGUCUAUGAUUUGUGCCAAGAAUCAUUACAAGAGAAGCCAUUGCCCGAAAAUGUAUGUGUGCAAGAGAUGCAACCAGAAACAGUUCUCUGUGCUCUCUGAUCUUAGGACACAUGAGAAACACUGCGGGGAUCUGAAGUGGCAGUGCUCCUGUGGCACUUCCUUUUCUAGGAAAGACAAACUCAUGGGCCAUGUUGCUUUGUUCGUGGGACACCAACCACUUAUCAACAACAACGUUGGUCUCUCGUCGUACUCUGCAAAAUUGGAGCACCACACAUUGCAAAUGCAGAUUGAUGCUGCCUCAAGAUGAUGGUGUUCAUAUAUAUCAAGAGGUGCUCUCUCUCCCACCUUCACAAUGCUGCUAAAUAAACUUGUAUGAGAAAAAACAAUGUACAAUAAAUUUAACUUUCUUUGUAAGUUAAUUAGAAAGUUAAUUAACUCGUGCUUAUUAUUAAUUUUAUAAAAGUUUUCUUGCUAAGAUUUUCA